UACGUGCCGUCGCCGCUUCCUACGUAUCUUAUAAACAUACGAACAUAAAUAAGUUAAAAAAAAUAUACGUCCACUGAACAUAUCAGACUGAGUUGAGAGCUUGUACGCACAACACCGCAAAAUGAGAAAAAACAACUGCUGUGUUAAUUUCUGUGUCGGUAUGGUGAUUUUCCUGGAUAUAGUUGGUGGUCUGGUGAAAUUUAUCGAAACAUUAAUUAACGCCACGAAAAUGGAGGGUGGAGAAAUCGCCGUUCAGUUAGUCGCUAGUUUCAUACUACUCGUCAGCGGAAUCUUCUUACUAAUCGGUGCAAUAAAGCGCAAACCAAAAUUCGUUUACGCCCAUAUCGUUAUCAUGGUUACUUGUCUGAUUCUAGCCGUGAUCGGUUUCGUGAUCAUGAUCUUUAUUCUGGCGUCCAGCCCAAAUGGAGCCGUUUUAAUGCUUAUCCUAGCAGGGGUAUAUAUUUUGCGGGCUGGUUUAGAAUACACUGUGUAUAUGUUUUAUAAAAACAUGAAACAUGAACUGGUCGACGUGUCCAAAGUUUAAAAAUUCAAAGUUCUCACUUAAGUCUGUAAAAGUCUCAGUGUGUAAGUUAACAUUGUCGCUAACUAAUACAGUUCUGACACAGA